GAGGCUUUUGCAGGAUGAAGGUGGAGGAGGUGUUUCUCCCACCUGCGUUUCAUUUCUUUUAGCAGUCAAGGACAGUGAUUUAUAACAAAGCCAGAAGCUAAAGGUAAAACUCCAGUCUCCUGGGUUGGAUGGUUCUGUAUUCCAAGGCAGGCAGGAGACAUCUGGCAGCAGCAAAUAAGCAGAGAUAAGGCUCAUAGUGGAGUGCCAGGCAUUGACUAGGAGCUUAAUGAAUAUAUCUGAGUUGGUUUGGUAGAUGAGCAAUUUCAGACACUUCUGUCAGAUUGGAAGAAAAUACUGUAAAGUUAAGCAAUUUAAGAGAGGAAAGAUAUCCGUAGCUCCUAAUGUAUUUAAGCUUGGAAUCAGGGUGAACUCAAAAUUUCCUUUUUUAAAAAGAUGGAUUUAAGCAAAUCAUAUUAAGCUUCUUUCCUACCUUAUUUAAGAUUUUAAGAUCUUCACUUUAUAAACAAAUCAGCUUGUUUAAAAUUUAAACCUUCUUUACUCAAUUCAAAGUUUUAAGGUCCUCAGUCAAUUCUAUAAACUAGUUAGUUAAUUACUUUUAAAAAUGAUAGCAGUUUGAAAUUGUAAAUCAAAAAGGCGGGGAGAGAAAGAAAGAAAGAAAAAGCAAUGAAAACCAUCAGUCUAUUUGGCACAAGAUACUUAAUUGCCACCUGACCUAUUUGUGGACUUUGGAUGCAGAUUCCCCAGUUUUCAGUGAAAUAAAGCUCUUUAGAGGUUAAUACCGGGUUUGCUUUAAAACAUAAAAUGGUGAACAUUUUCACUGAAUUUCAACUUUAUUUCUCUCUAGACUGUCUCAGUUAAGAAACCAUGUGGUUUAUAUGAAAUACUUGGGUGCUCAAAAGGGAUGCAUGUGGCCCAGCCUGCAGUGGUUCUGGCCAGCAGCCGAGGUGUUGCCAGCUUUGUGUGUGAGUAUGGGUCUUCAGGCAAUGCUGCCGAGGUCCGGGUGACAGUGCUACGGCAGGCCGGCAGCCAGAUGACUGAAGUCUGUGCCACGACAUACACAGUGGAGGAUGACUUGGCCUUCCUAGAUGAUUCUACCUGCACUGGCACCUCCAGUGGAAACAAAGUGAACCUCACCAUCCAAGGGUUGAGGGCCAUGGACACAGGGCUCUACAUCUGCAAGGUGGAGCUCAUGUACCCGCCACCCUACUAUGUAGGCAUGGGCAAUGGAACCCAGAUUUAUGUCAUCGAUCCUGAACCUUGCCCAGAUUCUGAUUUCCUCCUCUGGAUCCUUGCAGCAGUCAGUUCGGGGCUGUUUUUUUAUAGUUUCCUUAUCACAGCUAUUUCUUUGAGCAAAAUGCUAAAGAAAAGAAGUCCUCUUACUACAGGGGUCUAUGUGAAAAUGCCCCCAACAGAGCCAGAAUGUGAAAAGCAAUUUCAGCCUUAUUUUAUUCCCAUCAAUUGAGAGACCAUUAUGAAGAAGAAAGAACAUUUUCCAAUUUCUCAGAGCUGAGGCAAUUCAAACUUUGUACUAUCCAGCUAUGUUUGCUUGUUUGUAUAUUUUGGGGGUGAUUCAUCUCUCUUUAAUAUAAAGCUGGAUGCAGAACCCAAAUGAAGUGUGCUACGAUUCAAAGCAAAGGUGCAAGAAAACAGAGCCAGGAUGUUUCUGUCACAUCAGAUCCAAUUUUAGUAAAAGUGUCACUUGGGAGCAACAUGGGGAUGCAGCAUUAUGAUGAUUUGGUCAGGGAUAUAGGUUCGGGAGUGGUGCAGCCCAGAAAAAACAAGGAAGGAGAGUUAGGAAGAGGAGAUAUUGUACACACUUUGUAUUUACAUGUGAGACUUUAUAGUUGAAGUGAUGUUUUCAAGGUAACUUUUUGUGUUAUUUUUCUUAAAUGUAGAAUUACAUGAAGACUUUAAAAAUACUCACAUGGCUAUAUUUUAGCCAGUGAUUCCAAAGGUUGUAUUGUACCAAUAUAUAUUUUUUAUUUGAUAGUAUUGUGCAUGGGGGCCACAUGUGCUUUUGUGUAUUUGCUGAUGGUUUUAAUAUAAACACUAUAUGGCAGUGUCUUCCUACCAGAGGUUCAGGGGAAGUUUUAUGGAGGGGCUCAGGACACUAAUACACCAGGUAGAAUAUAAGGUCACUUGGUAACUGACUUGGGAACUGGAUGAGGUCAUAGCUGAUUCCUGUGGCCACACUAGGCUGAAUUGGUAUUGGCAUGUGCUUUGGGCUUUUAUGUUAGCUCCAUUCAAAGCUUUGCAAGGGAGUCAAGACUGGUGUGUCUGAUUUAACUCCAUAGAACACCAUCGUCAAGUAAAUGGCUCAUUCUGAGAGUCUUGUAGGUAUGAACUUCAAGGAAGCUCUAGUUUCAUGAGAGCCUCAAUUCCUUACACAUGGUUAAUGCCAUGGACAGAAAACAGCAGCAGGUGGCAGAACAGGGUGAUGAGGGUUUCUGAAAACUAACACUGUUGGUGUUUUUUAAUUCACUAUUUUCCAUGAAAAUGCAACAACAUGUAUAAUAUUUUUAAUUAAAUAAAAAUAUGUGGUGGUCAUUUU